AAUGAUUGUUUCCCAUGAGCAGAGUUAAUCAAUAAUUCUCUCCUGGGAUUCAAUUGAUUCGGAAGCCCUCGCAUCGCAUGGGAUAGGCAUCGAGUUCUUUUGCCCGAGCAGAGACAUCAUAAGCUGGUGUCCCUCACUGUCAUCUUAUCGUCCCCCAUUCCGACAAAGAGUUCCCUUCUAAUCUCCGCAUUUAAGCUACAAUGGACAACAUGGAUCAAACCCGAGCCUUCAUGAGAGAUGUCCGGCGCAUUGUCAUCAAGGUCGGGACUGCUGUCGUGACUCGUGGUGAUGGAAGGUUAGCUCUUGGAAGACUUGGGGCACUAUGUGAGCAGAUCAAAGAGCUCAACUCGCAAGGGUAUGAGGUUGUUCUCGUAUCAUCAGGUGCCGUCGGCCUUGGACGUCAGAGGCUUCGGUACCGGAAACUCGUGAACAGCAGCAUCGCUGAUCUCCAAAAUCCACAGGGCGAGCUUGACGGGAAAGCAUGCGCAGCUGUUGGACAAAACAGUCUCAUGGCCUUGUACGAUCAAUUAUUUAGUCAGCUGGACAUGACAUCGGCGCAGGUCAUGGUGACGGACCAUGACUUUCAUUACCCGGAACUAAGGAAGCAACUUAGUGAGACGGUGCAAUCACUUGUACAGAUGCGGGUUAUUCCGAUAUUUAAUGAAAAUGAUGCAAUCAGUACCAGGAGAGCUCCUUAUGAAGAUUCAUCAGGAAUAUUCUGGGACAACGACAGCCUGGCAGCACUGCUCGCAUUGGAAUUGAAGGCUGAUCUCCUCAUCUUACUGAGUGAUGUCGAUGGACUGUAUAGCGGCCCACCAAGUGAUCCCCAGUCAAAGUUGAUAAGCACAUACAUCAAGGAAAGGCAUCAAGAAGAGAUCACCUUUGGGGAGAUGUCUCGUGUGGGCAGAGGAGGAAUGACCGCCAAAGUAAAAGCCGCCGUGAAUGCAGCAGAUUCAGGCAUCCCUGUAAUCAUCACUAGUGGUUAUGUUGCUGGAAAUGUCAUUAAGGUUAUCGAUGGAGAGAGAAUCGGAACCUUAUUUCAUCGAGAUGCACAUUUGUGGGCAUCAUUUACAGAAGUUGGUGCACGGGAUAUGGCAGUUUCGGCGAGGGAAAGUUCCAGACGCCUUCAGGCUAUCUCUUCAGAUGACAGGAAUAAAAUCUUGUUUGACAUAGCCGAUGCAUUGGAAGUGAACCGGCAACAAAUCAUUAGUGAGAACGGGGCCGAUGUUGCUGCUGCUGAAGCUGCCGGAUAUGCAAAAGCAUUAAUAGCUCGACUCACUCUGACACCCCAGAAAAUCUCCAGCCUCUCAAAUUCGAUUCGUGUACUUGCAAACAUGGAAGAUCCAAUAGGAAACAUACUGAAGAAAACCGAGCUUGCUGAUAGACUGAUCUUGGAGAAGAGAUCAUGCCCUCUCGGUGUUCUCCUAAUUAUUUUUGAGUCCCGUCCUGAUGCUCUGGUCCAGAUCUCUUCGCUAGCGAUCCGUAGUGGCAAUGGGCUGCUCCUGAAAGGGGGUAAAGAAGCAAAGCGAUCAAAUGCUAUUUUGCACAAGGUUAUCACCGAAGCUAUCCCAGACAGCGUUGGUCCGAAGCUUAUUGGACUUGUGACUUCGAGGGACGAGAUUCCAGAUUUGCUCAAGCUCGAUGAUGUUAUUGAUCUCAUAAUCCCAAGAGGCAGCAAUAAGCUUGUUUCCCAGAUCAAGGAGUCAACUAAAAUCCCAGUUCUGGGUCAUGCUGAUGGAAUCUGUCACAUCUAUGUUGAUAAAUCCGCUAAUAUGGAUAUGGCGAGGCGUGUCAUUAUGGAUGCAAAAACAGAUUAUCCUGCGGCAUGUAAUGCAAUGGAAACACUUCUGGUUCACAAGGAUUUGAUGGAGACUAAUGGUCUUAACGAGCUUGUCGCGGGGCUCCAAAAUGAAGGGGUAAUGCUAUAUAGUGGUCCGAAGGUGGGUUCGAUCAUGGAAAUUCCACAAGCAGGCUCAUUCCAUUGUGAAUACAAUGCAAUGGCCUGCACUGUGGAAAUUGUGGAUGACGUUCGUGAUGCCAUUGAUCACAUAAACAAACAUGGAAGUUCACAUACGGAUUGCAUUAUAGCUGAAGAUGAGGAAGUCGUGACACUCUUUCUAGGCCAAGUUGAUAGUGCUGCUGUCUUCCACAAUGCAAGCACCCGAUUUUGUGAUGGAGCCAGAUUCGGGUUAGGUGCAGAGGUGGGUAUAAGUACCAGUAGGAUUCAUGCUCGCGGUCCUGUUGGAGUCGAAGGAUUAUUAACUACAAGAUGGAUUCUGCGGGGAAGUGGGCAAGUUGUUGAUGGAGAUAGAGGUGUUACUUACACCCACAAGGAUCUACCUAUCGCCCUGUAAUUUUUGAUAGUGACGAUAGAGAGCUCGAGUUUUGGUAGUUACAAUGCUUGGGCUAAUCCCUUGACUCAUCUAAACUCGAUCAUUAGGACUUUUGGCUGUUAGAUAAUACUACAUACGUCGUGUUAUUGUUUGCUCAUUUUUUCGGGCAUCGUAACAAUAUUGUAGUGCUUACAUUUUGAUGAAUAAAAGGCAAAUCAUCUCGGUCAAA